AUAUAUUAGCGCAUGUUGUGUAUGGGUAUAUAUUACCUUCCGCAACAGCUGUUGCCUGCAUCCAUUCGUUUGGCGACAUGGAGAGUGUCGAUGCUUCAGUGAAGCAAGAGAGCUCGAGCAAGGACAUGGCUCAGAGUAUCGCUAGCUUUCACUCCGCACCAUCGAAAAGCCCGACCGAGCCUACCGCCCACUCCGCUCACGAGGCCAAAUAUCUUGCAUCGCAAGGAAUAGCCAGGCCUAGGGACAAAGAUCAAGAUGGGCAGCAGCGUGAUUAUAGUCGUCGCGGCGUUGAGUCAUGUAAGCAACUGCAGCAGCCACAUGAUUAUUGUUGCGGGCGAGAGAGGCUGAAGAGGCACCGAACUGAGGUGGCUGGGCGGGUCAUGAUACCGGACACGUGGGGGCAGGAGAACUUCUUGCGGGACUGGAUCGAGUACUCGACCUUCGAUGCUCUGUUAGAACCCAAGGGGAUCUCCUCGGCCCGAGAGGCGCUCAUGGCGGAGGGGCAGCAGCGAGCCGCCUCCCAGAGGCUGAGGAUAGAGAGUAGGUGCUAAAUAUUAAUUAUUGAUAUGUUUCUUCUUCACAACUUUUAGAAAGCCAUUGUUAAUAAGCCAUACUCUUGUAGUUCCUUGCUUAAUCUACCAAAACAAUAAAGAUUGAACUCGUUGAGUUUUUGACGUUGAAAUAGAACGAGCGUGUUCACCCGAUGUAACGAUUCUUAGUAUCACGCAUCAGCGCACGAAGGCUUGUUUGUAAUCGAUUGUAAUAACAACAUUGUCAAUGUGCAUCAUUUCAGUAAUUCAUGUA